CCUGGCACUAAGUGUUUGCACAGUUCAACAUGGCAGAUAGUGUUAAGAGCCUUUCAGUGGGAUAUAAUCCCAUGAACGGAAGGGAUUUCUUCACCAGUGGUGAGUUUAUCACAGGACAAAUUUCAUUAGAACUGUCAUCAAAAUGCAAAAUAAAGGCACUCUGUGUGAAGCUGAAGGGAAAAGCAGAAGUCAAAUGGACUGAAUAUUACGGAAAGGUAUCCGUUACGUACUAUAGCAAAGACAAGUACUUCAGUAUCAAGCAAGACAUCAUUCAGGACGGCGAGGGUAAUAAUGUUGAAAAGGGCUCCCAUGUCUACCCAUUCACCUUUCACAUCCCUGCAGGAAACCUACCAUCGUCCUUCCAACGCCAAUGUGGAAAGAUCCGCUACUCAUUGGAGGCCGUUUUGAGCAGGUCGAUGAGAGUAGCCACCAAAGCUAAGGCCAUAUUUACUCUCACCCACAAAGCAGACCUCAACAGUGAUCCACUGCUGAGGACUCCGCAGCAAAGUAUCCUUGAUAAAAAAAUGAACGUCUUUUCGUCGGGGACAGUUGGCAUGGAUGUGAAUAUUCAGCGAACAGGCUUCUACCAAGGGGAAGGCAUCAAGGUUGUGGCUUCCAUCCAGAACAGAUCCUCUCGUGACAUUAGGCCCAAAUACUGUCUGUAUCUGAAGCACAGUUACUUUGCAAAGAAGAAGAGGAAAGUCAAAACCAAAGAGAUCCUGAAAGAGGUGGGUGACGUUAUCCCACCUUCUGCAGGUCAGACUGUCACCAGGAUCAUCACCAUCCCUCCCGACACGUGUGCCUCCAUCCUAAACUGCAACAUCAUCAAAGUGGAGUACAGGCUCAGGGUCUCUCUGGAUGUCAAGUAUGCUUUAGACCCCACUAUCAAGUUCCCCAUCGUCAUCCUGCCAGCUUUACAGGAACCUAUUGAAGGGGAGCAUCCGCCUGCUUCUCCUAGCUUCUCCGGCUUCACUAACCCUUACUAUCCAGGCAACUAGCAAGAAUGCUGACACUGUGAAGACUUGACUGUUCAAAAAAUAUGAACACAAAAAUGAAUGUGAUUAUGAAGGGAGUUCUUCAACUCCUGUAUCACUGGCAUGAUUUCAUUGCCAGUAAAUGACUUCCCUCUAUACUGGUGAUACUGAAAUAUUGUAAAUGAUGUCAUAAAGAAUACAACUGUGCUUCUAUCUGUUCCUUCUUUUAAAUAAACAAUAGAACAAUAAAUACAUAAAGUCUCUUAUUACAGAGACCAGAGUACCACAUAGAAAAAAAUGUAACUUUCAUUUCUUCCAUGUUCAUUUUAGAGUUAAAGCUACACAACCACAUAAUGACUAAAAAAUGUCCUAUUAAUGGUGUAUCACAAUCAUUUUGGAUCACUGUUGUUGCCAUAGUUUUUGCUUUGAUUAUGCCUUAUAUGCUUAUUUUUCUUUCUUUCUUUCUGUAUUUUUGUAUAAUUUAGAUUUUUUAUUUAUUUAAUGUGUUAUCUAGUCAAUUAUUUGUUUGUUAUUUGAAUUCUAUCCUUUUUUUCUAUUCUUGUGUUCUGUUAUAGAUGGACAUUAUCCUAUGUUGUUACUCUUUAUUCCAUAGAGUGCUGCCAUUGUAAUAUGUACAUUGUCAGUCCUUGUAAAACCCAAUAAAAAUACUGGAG